CUCUUAUCUAUUUGAUAGUCAACUAGUUGCUAAAAAUAAUGAGCUACAGAAUUGCUAGAUCUACUUUGGCAUUGACAAUAAUCAUAAUCACAUUUGCUUCAUCUUGUGAUGCCCAAAUUACAGAUGAGACCUCGUCAAGUGCUGGCAAAAACUUCGUGGUUGGUUUUUUUGGAAGAAAUUACCUAUAUAAUAUAGGAAUCGAGUUGUUUUUGUUUAUCACAAACCCAGAGUCAAGUGCUGUUAAUUUUACAGUCACUCCAAUUAAUAUCAGUGGGAAUGUUUCUAACUCUUCAACUAGGGCAAACAUUCCAUCCAGUUUUGAGGUAUCAUUUGUCAAUGAAAGAAACAAGGGAAUCCUUGUUGAAGCUGAUGGAAACAUCAAUUUGUUUGGAAUGUCUUUUAAUUCAGGUACUGCAGAUGCUUAUUUAGCAUUACCCUGUACUGUAAUGGCAGUGGAUGAAUACGAAUAUUAUGGAAUCUCCUAUGAUGUUAUUUAUUACCAUAGCGUGAUUUUGUUGGUGGCGUGUGAAAAUGGAACACUUGUCAAAUUCAAUUCCUCAACAAUAACACUAAAUAGUAUGGAAACGUAUCAGAUUGCAAGUGAUAAUGAUCUCACAGGAACAAGAAUAACAAGCUCCAAACCUUUGUCUGUGUUUAGUGGAGCUGAGUGUGCUAAUGUUCCACAAAAUAUAUGCGUCCACUGUGACCACCUGGUUGAACAAGUGCCUCCGACUGUGACAUAGGGCUUAAAAUUCCUCGUAGCAUCUCUCGAGGGUAGAUCUUCUGGUGAACGUAUUCGUGUUCUUAGUGCCUGAGCAGCAUACUGUGAACUGCAACACUAACGUAUCAGUCAGUAAAUUCCAGUUACAGAGUGGAGGGAGCUUCAGAGAAUUUGAAGUCCCUAUUAACAGUUCCUGUAGCAUUGAAUCCACUUCUCCAGUACUGGUCACUCAGUAUGCAUAUGGUAGGGGUAGUGAUGACGUGGGAGAUCCAUUCAUGAUGAUAAUCCCUCCAAUUGAGCAGUUUACAAAUAACUACUUUGUUGAAGCGUUUCCUCAUUUCGUAUCCAACUAUGUCACGGUGUAUGUUUCUUCUGAGUGUUUUCAAACUGCACAAAUAGUGUUAGACAAUUCCAUUGUUACUGGCUGGAGGAAUGUUGUCUCUUCAAGUGGAGAGAUUUGUGGCCACAUAAGUAGAACGAAUGUGUCUACUGGAGCACAUUCUAUCCACCAUCAAAACAGGUCAGCCGUUCUAGGUGUGUCAGUGUACGGAUUUGACAAACGAAAUUCUUAUGGUUACCCUGGAGGCAUGAGAUUAUUUCCCAUUCAAUGUAACUAUGGUCAAAAUUUGAAUAACAGGGAACAGUUCAAUUGUAGCUGCUUGAAUGUUUCAUUUUCUGGAACUGAUGAAGUCGUCUGUAAUACUAUAACCUGUCCUCCCUUGACUGCUCCUACCAAUGGUUUUGUGACAUACAAUAAUACUUCUGAUGAAAACGGCAACUAUUCUUUCAACACCAUGGCUAACCACAGUUGUGACACUGGGUUUGUUCUGGUUGGUAACAACACAAGGACUUGCACUGGAGAUGGUAGCAGCAAUACUGGUAUUUUUGAUGGAGAAGCAGCAAAGUGUGAACUUACCUGUGUCCUGCCUGCCCCUCCACUUAAUGGAGUGUUGCUCACCAACACUAACCAAACCGAGAGCUCAGUCAUUACCUUCCAAUGUGAUCCUGGUUUUUCAUUGCUGGGUAUACAGACUGCCACUUGUAACAACUCUGGUUUAUGGGAUCCUGACCCUGCUCUAUUGGAGUGUGACAGUGAGGCAAUAACUGGUGCAUGGAAUGCUGCUGCUCUAUCUGGAAGUGUUGUUGCUAUAGUGAUGGUACUGAUCUUACUAGUCGUCAUAUUUCUCUUAGUCACUAUCACAAAGAAAAGAAAAAAAACUAGACAACUGUCAGGCAAUGAAGUUCCAAUAGCCCCAGCUGUUCCAGUAUACGAGGAAGUGUACCUAGCAAUGACAGAUAGACAACUGUCAGGCAAUGGAGUUCCAGCUGGUCCAGUAUACGAGGAAGUUGAUCUAGCAAUGACACCAAGAACACAAGACAUUCAAGUGGAGUCUAAUGAAGCUUAUGGACAAGCGGCAAAACGAAACAUUAAGUUGCAAUCAAAACGAAACAUUAAGUUGCAAUCAAAUCAGGCACAUGGAGAAAUCAGAUACGUUAGUACUUAG